AUGUCUGACUGGGAACGUGGAUACCGUGGUGGACGUGGUGGAGGCGAGGGUGGACGCCGUGGUGGACGUGGUGGAGGCGAGGGUGGACGCCGUGGUGGACGUGGUGGAGGCGAGGGUGGAUACCGUGGUGGACGUGGUGGAGGCGAGGGUGGAUACCGUGGUGGACGUGGUGGAGGCGAGGGUGGAUACCGUGGUGGACGUGGUGGAGGCUUUGGUGACGGGGCGUAUCGGACUGGCCAGACCCGUGAGAGGGAUGCGGUGGUUUCGUUUGCGAAAGCCGGGAUGUACGACCGGCCAGUGGAGGCAUGGACAAACCUCCUCCCUCUGUACAUCGACCCGAGGAAAUGUGCCUUCAUUUACCCCCUUUCCAUUGAAAUGAAAGAUGGGGCACCCGACCUCAGGGAAAGGGUUAAAGUGCUCGCAUCGAAGAAUAUGUUGUUGAAAAUGAGAAAGGAAAGCGGUAGCGAAGACGCAUUUGACGUCAACAUGUGCGUCUGCACAGGGUCAUCGAUAAUAUGUCCCACUAGACUUCCCGUGGAGGAAUAUAAUUACGAAUUGACCGUGAACGCGCGCAAAGGGAAGGGGAAAACGGUGACAUACACAUACACGCUUACGCUGAAGCAGGCGACAUCAUGUUCGUUGAACCCCAAAGAGAGGACAAUGGAGUUGAACUGCGUGAUCGGUAGUGCCGUUCAGGAAUGUUAUGAGGAAAAGGUCGGUACAAAGUUUGUAGACCUGAAAAACGGAAAAAAAAAUGCCACAGGAACCAUCUCUAUAUUUGAGGCAGUUUCUGUGAAGGCGUUUUCGACAGUAAUCCGUGGCAAAGAAAACGAUGUCCUGCAGCUGGACGUCUCCCUUCCCGUGGCGUCGGCCAUGGACUGUUUGACGGCGAUGGAGGAUGAAAGGAGGCGAGCACGCGGUAGUAUCCGACGAGCGCUCGCCGAGCGUUUCAUUAAGAAAAAGGUAUACAGUGUGGUGGACAAAUCCCGUGCUACUAUGUAUACCGUCCUUGAUAUUACGGACAAUAAGGCCUGCGAUGCAGCGGGCCUCAAACAAAACCCGUCACAGACAUAUGUGGAGUAUUUCCGCGACCGGUACGGGAUUCAUAUUGAGCCACAGCAAGCACUUUUUAAGUGCCGGACGAACGACGGGCGGCGGGUGGUGCUUGUCCCACCUCAGGUGCUGCACGAGAUGUCCUUGAAUGAGCAAGACCGAAGGCAACUUCCGCAGCUGUGCUCCAUAUUUCCUGAUGAUCGUGUUCAACGCCUCAGGCGUGUCAUUGAACGUCUAAUCCAACACGAAGGGGGGAGGGUCGUGAAGUUCUUGGAGGCGUACGGAAUAUCCUUUGGAAAGGAUUUCGUUUCCGUGGAUGGUCAGGUGCUGAAGUCCCCGGAAAUAUUGAUACCAAAGGGUGACGGUUUUCGACGAGUGAACCCUCAAAGCGAGAGCUCACAACAGGGUUUCGUGAAGGAGCUCAAAGACCUUAGGCACCCCGGUGCGCGACAGACAGUCGACGUCGUAUUGUAUGACGAAACAAACAACAAGCAGGGAACUGUUGUCGUCGGUAAUAUAAAGAAGUACCUUGAUGGCAUGAGCGCCCCACUAAAUUUCGGGGAUUCCAUCCCCGUUCGAAGCUUGAAAGAGGCGAAGGGCCGCUUGGGGAAGAACAUUUUUGGUGUGACGUUCCUGCGGCGACCCGAGAGGGAGCCGUAUGCAGAGUGGAAGGCAUCAUGGUCGGGCGGCGGUGCCCUUAGCCAAGUCGUGGCUAAGGACCUAACGGGAGGUCGUGAGUUGUCGAUUGUCAUGGCCGUUGCGCAACAAAUAUGCGCAAAAACCGGUCGCCUCAAUUGGACCCUAGAUGUGAACCAAGUUUGUCCGAAGCUAGCGAAGGCUGACCCAUCCGGCGGAAUAUUAAUAAUAGCCGCCGAUGUUGGGAGGGAUCAACGCUCGGUUGCAACGGAGUCUUCCGCCGUCAGGCAGGAGUUCUUCGCGGUUGCUUUCGUGUCAUUCUACGUGAAGGGCACACAGUGGUCGACCUACUGCAACCAUUAUCAAGUGAAUGGCAGGAAGGAGACCUUGUAUGCCGACGGCAGCGACUGUGACACGACAUCGAUGUCUGAGGGGGGGCCCCCAACUCCAUCCGAGGUGAUAUCUAAGAAGAUGGGGGAGUUCGUGCAAGAAGCAAAAAGCCACUUCACGAGCAAGGGAAAUGCUGUGUCGGCGUACCUGGUUCUGCGUGGCUGUGCCUCGGAGGGAGAAUUGCUUGAUGCCCGCAAGAGUGACGUCGACGUCCUGAGUGAGGUGCUCAAGGGAAGCAGCUGGGCGGUUGUGGCUGGCCAGCGGUAUCAGCACUCGCGCUUUGCUUUCCAAGCCCCUGAUGACCGCACGAUGUACUGCAACGCCCCACGCGGUUUCGUUACAGCGGAAGGUGCGGACAAAAAAUUUGGUGAGGCAUUCUUUCUCACCGGCGCAAAUUGCACCCUUGGUCACGCCCGCUCUACGCUGUAUGUCGUCUCCAAGCGGAAAGGAUUCGAUCUUGGAGAGCUACAGGCUCUCCUGUACGGGAUGUGCUUUCUAUAUCCUAACAAAACCGAUGCGCUUCCGCUACCCCUCCCCCUGAAGUGCGCAGCGGAGUAUGGGCGUAAGUAUUCUGCGCUCACCAAUUUGAAAACGCUGGGGGGCAACUUGCGGACAACAAUGCAUUAUCUAUAA